UUGUCCUGCUGGACUCGAAGGAAUCACAAGCGGAGCUGGGCUGGACCUCGCACCCGUCAAACGGGUGGGAAGAAAUCAGCGGUGUGGAUGAGCAUUACAAGCCAAUACGCACGUACCAGGUCUGCAACGUCAUGGAGCCAAACCAGAACAACUGGCUGCAGACGGGCUGGAUUGCCAGGCGUGACGGCCAGAGGAUCUUCAUCGAGCUGAAGUUCACCCUGCGGGACUGCAACAGCAUCCCUGGUGUGAUGGGCACCUGCAAGGAGACUUUCAACCUGUACUACAUUGAGUCUGACUCCGACCUGGGCCGUAGCAUCCAUGAGAGCAAGCACACCAAGAUCGACACCAUUGCUGCUGAUGAGAGCUUCACGCAGGGGGACCUGGGUGAGCGUAAGAUGAAGCUGAACACGGAGCUGAGGGAGAUUGGGCACCUGAGCAAGAGAGGCUUCCACCUGGGCUUCCAGGACGUGGGUGCCUGUGUGGCGCUGGUCUCCGUGCGGGUCUAUUACAAGAAGUGCCUUGCCACAGUGCAGAACCUGGCCGUGUUUCCAGACACGGUGGCGGAGACGGCCUUUGCAACUUUGGUGGAAGUUAAGGGCACUUGUGUUGCUCACGCCGAGGUGGACGUGGAUAAUCCCCCCAGGAUGCACUGCAGUGCAGAGGGCGAGUGGCUGGUCCCCAUAGGGAAGUGCACGUGUGGUCCCGGCUUUGAGCAGAAGGACGGGGGAUGCAGAGGUAAAAGUGGCC